GGGAGUUCCCUCGUUCUGCUUCUGCCCAACGCGUGUCAGCGACGAGAUCACUAUUUAUUUAACGUUUAUCAAUUGAGAUGGAUGCGGCAAUUUUGAGAAAACCUAAUUGUUUGUGGAAACCCGAUAGAACCAAGAAAACUAACUUGGAUACAUUCAGGGAUCUUAUCAACAAGAAAUACGGACAAAAUUUGCAAACCUACAAAGAAUUGCAUAGAUGGAGUGUAGAUCAUUAUCCAGAAUUUUGGGGAGAAGUCUGGGAUUUUACGAAUAUAAAAUAUUCAAGAUCAUAUAAUCAGGUUUACGAUGCUACUGUUAGAAUGGAUGAAUUUCCUCCUAAAUGGUUUUCGGGAGCUUUAUUUAAUUUUGCCGAAAAUCUUUUAAAGCAUGAAGACGAAGAUAAAGUAGCCAUUUAUGCGGCAGUCGAAGGUCACGAUGAAAUUAAGCGAAGAACGUUUAGGGAAUUGAAGGAUGAUGUGGCCUUAUAUGCUUCUGCUAUGAGAAAAAUGGGUAUUGGAAAAAAUGACAGGGUUGUGGGAUACAUUCCAAACUGUAUUGAAGCUAUUGUUGCCAUGCUUGCUGCUGUAUCACUUGGUGCGAUUUGGAGUAGUGCUUCUCCUGAUUUUGGAGUAACUGGUGUUCUUGAAAGAUUUUGUCAAAUUUCCCCAAAAUUUAUUAUUUCCGUUAAUGGAGUCAUUUAUAACGGUAAAACCUACGAACACUUGACAAAAUUAUCAAAGGUAGCGAAUGUUCUACCUGAAGUUGAAAAAGUUGUUGUUAUACCUUAUUUGAAAUUUGAAAAUGGAUCGUCCAAGUCUGAUCUAUCUUUCAUUAGAAAUGCAUGCUCCCUUGAAGAAUUCUUGGAAUCUGGAAGGAACAGCGACGGCACUGUAGAUAAUCUAAUUUUUGAACAAUUACCUUUCGAUCAUCCAGUAUUUAUAAUGUAUUCUUCGGGUACAACCGGAGUACCUAAGUGUAUUGUUCAUUCGGCUGGUGGAACAUUAAUUAAGCAUCUAGAAGAACACGCUCUCCAAGGAGAUAUGAGGAGUGAGGAUAGAAUGCUUUAUUAUACGACAACUGGUUGGAUGAUGUGGAAUUGGUUUGUUUCGCCAUUGGCCAUUGGAGCCAGUUUAGUUUGUUACGAUGGAUCUCCAUUGGUACCUAAUCAAAAUAUUUUGUGGGACUUGAUCGAUAAACUUGGAAUCACUAUACUUGGCACUGGUGCAAAAUGGUUGGCCGUUUUGGAAGAAAGGGACAUAAAACCCAUGAAUACUCAUAAAUUAACAACGCUACGCUCGAUAUUAUCGACUGGCUCACCAUUAUCUCCAAAAUCUUUCCGAUACGUCUACGAACACGUUAAAAAAGAUAUAUUACUUGGUUCUAUUACGGGUGGUACGGACAUAAUUGCCUGUUUUGCUGGUCAGAAUUGUACUCUACCAGUUUAUGAAGGUGAAAUUCAAUCAGUUCAUUUGGGUGUCGAUAUGGUCAGUUUAGAUGAGGAUGGAAAAGAAGUUUAUGGCGAAAGUGGUGAUCUUGUUUGCAGGAAGCCAUUCCCAAGUAUGCCAAUUUAUUUUUGGAAUGAUCCUAAAAAUGAAAAAUAUCGAAAGGCCUAUUAUGAUAAAUAUGAUGGCAUGUGGGCUCACGGUGAUUUUUGUCUUAUUAAUCCUAAGACUGAUGGAAUAUGGAUGUUGGGUAGAAGUGAUGGUACUCUAAAUCCAAAUGGUGUGCGAUUUGGUAGUUCAGAAAUAUAUCAAAUCGUUGAAGAAUUCAAAGAAAUUGCAGAUAGUUUAUGCAUUGGUCAAAAGAGUGCUGAUGGAAAUGAAGAGAGAGUUGUACUCUUCUUGAAAAUGGCCCAAGGAAGCGAUUUUAAUGAGGAUUUGAAAAAGAGACUUCAAGUUGAAAUCCGUAUGCAACUAUCUGCCAGACAUGUGCCAUCUAUAAUUUUGUCUAUUUCCGAUAUACCGUACACCAAUAGCGGAAAGAAAGUUGAAGUUGCAGUGAAAAAGAUUUUAGCCGGAGAAGACGUUAAAAGUCGAGGAGCAUAUAUUAAUCCUAACUCUCUAGAUCUUUAUUACAAUAUCAAAGAACUACAGAAUUACUAA